AGGACAGAAUUGUUUCUAUUGAGCACAUCUGAAAAUACAACAUGAAGUGUUUCUUGCUCCUUGCUCUGCUUUUGGGCGUGAGUGCUCAGUUAGCCUGGGCCACUGGGUAUUCUAAUCAGGUAUGCCUCAAGCUGCCCCAGGGCCCCAAGGGACCCAGAGGUAACAUGGGGCCACAAGGUCCUGCAGGUCCGCAGGGCGAGGACGGUUCGCAAGGCCCCGAAGGGUCAAUGGGCCCCGCCGGACCCGAUGGUGAGGACGGAGAGGAUGGUGAACCUGGCAUGCCGGGUAGACCAGGUAGCUCUGAACUGCGCAGUAUUCCGAUCAGCCUGGCCUUCUCCAACCCAUCUCUACAUGCACCCAACCCGUUCUACAUGAGUCUUCUCUACUCUUACUUCAAUGGUCGCUACUUCGUGGGAACUCCCAGCCGACAGCGCUCUCUGGGAGGCAAUGCCAACUUCAACCUGGGUCGUGGCGCUGUCAAGCUGGUUCGAUGGGGAACGGAGAUUCGUAUUCCAUUGGUGAAGUCCUAUGAAGGUUCUCCCGUGUGCAAGGUUCACUUCCAAGACAUCUUCAGCCACGCAAAGGUCUAUGCCACCAGCACGUUCCUAGCCAUCAAGCUGCCCACCAUCUGGAAGAGGAGACAGACGCACAUCCAGGCCGUUUGCUGGGGUGCUUUCCCGAAGCCCGCCAAGAACUAAUAAGAG